ACUCUGACGGCACCUGCUCCGUUUGCAGAUGAAACAAGCUGUCAGUGCCAAGCCCCCCAUGAGAAGCUAACCAUUGCACAAGCCCGCCUGGGAACACCAGUUGACAGACCUGUCAGAGUGUAUGCAGAUGGGAUAUUUGACCUCUUCCACUCUGGCCAUGCUAGAGCUCUUAUGCAAGCGAAAACUCUAUUCCCAAAUAGCUACUUACUAGUAGGAGUUUGCAGUGAUGAUUUAACUCAUAAAUUCAAAGGCUUCACUGUGAUGAAUGAAACUGAGCGAUAUGAAGCUCUCAGACACUGUCGUUAUGUGGAUGAGGUCAUCAGAGAUGCACCCUGGACGCUGACACCAGAGUUCCUUGAAAAACAUAAGAUUGACUUUGUAGCCCAUGAUGACAUCCCAUACUCCUCCGCUGGCUCGGAUGAUGUAUACAAACACAUAAAGGAGGCAGGAAUGUUCGUACCAACGCAGCGAACCGAAGGUAUCUCAACAUCAGAUAUCAUCACAAGGAUCGUCCGGGACUAUGACGUGUACGCCCGGCGCAACCUCCAGCGAGGAUACACCGCCAAAGAGCUGAAUGUUAGUUUUAUAAAUGAGAAGAAAUACCGCUUUCAAAACCAAGUGGACAAAAUGAAAGAAAAAGUCAAGAACGUGGAGGAAAAAUCAAAAGAAUUUGUUUACAAGGUGGAAGAGAAGAGCCAUGACCUCAUUCAGAAAUGGGAAGAAAAAUCCAGAGAAUUUAUUGGCAACUUUUUAGAGCUGUUUGGACCCGACGGAGCCUGGAAGCAGAUGUUCCAGGAACGAAGCGGCCGAAUGCUCCAGGCUUUUUCUCCCCGGCAGAGCCCAAACAGCAGUCCUACGCGAGGCCGUUCUCCAUCCCGUUCUCCAUCUCCACCCUGGGUCUUCAAUAAAGCCUCCCCUCCCUCUUCUCCAAAAGCUGCCUCUGCCUCCCUCAGCAGCAUGAGCGAGGGAGACGAGGAUGAAAAGUAAAAUAAAGAUAUUUUUUUAACCAUGAGACAGAAGAACAAGCUAUGAACUCAACCGCUGGAUGGGGAGAAGCGUGAGGAACAUCUGGGAUACCUCUGACAGCAGGGAACGUGCUCUGGGAGAAGAUGCUGAAAACAGACUAGAGCACAGCAAGUGAGAUCUCAGGAAGAGCUUAUCCCAUCCCCCACUCCCUCGCGGUGCCUGGAGGCCCAGCCAGCAGUGCUUGCCAGACACGGUACCGGGGACUGACAGAAAAACAUACACCUUUGUGCAAGUUCCUGUCCAUGUGCUGCUGCUUACAGCUGCUGCGGCCAGGGCGGGUCAGCAGGGAGCUCUGCACCGAGGGGGGGCUGGAAGGAGGAGCCCUGUCGGCUCCCGAUCCAGACCUGGCACACGGGCAC